AUGUUGACUUCAACAGAAACCUCAUCAGGAACAACAAUCCAAACUACGACUAAUGUCAUAACAACUGUAGCAGGAUCAACCACAGCACCAAUUACGUCAACAGUUCAAGGAACGACAACGACAACCACAGCACCAAUUACGUCAACAGUUCAAGGAACGACAACGACAACCACAGCACCAAUUACGUCAACAGUUCAAGGAACGACAACGACAACCACAGCACAAAUUACGUCAACAGUUCAAGGAACGACAACGACAACCACAGCACCAAUUACGUCAACAGUUCAAGGAACGA